CGCAUCCCUCGCAAUCCUUCCCAAUUUCCACACACCACAGAAAAUCCCAGAACGAAAACAAUUAAUAAACUUUCUCGAGAAACUACUCUCUCUAAAAUCUCUCUUAAAUUUUCUUUUCUUUCUUUUCUUUUCCUUUUUUUUUUUCCGCAUCGUAUUCUUCUUUCCGAUUUCUAUGGCGUCACUACAAAACAUGCUUCUCUCUCCUCAGAGUAGAUGAAUUCGCACUGGGAAUGAAUUUCUGGCGCUAUACUGACUAAAAAUUAUGCACCUUGUUAAGGAAAUGAAGCCUGGUUUUCUUUGGAGUGUUCCCAGGUUUAGGACGCAAAGAAACUGUGAUUUAGGUUCAACCCUUGAACCCAAUAGUGACCUUAAAACAAACACCAAUCAGAAUGCUUCUUUUGAUAUUAAAUUGUGGGGUUGGUCCCUCCUUUCCUUUGUUCCGUGGGUGGCCAUCAAUAAUAGAGACAAACCAACCACCAUCAAUAGAGAGCUGAGGAAGCGAUCACUGCCUCGAGGGGCUGCCGAGAAUUAUUUUGGGGGUACCCCUUUGCGCUUUAGGCCGUAUGUCUGUAAGGUUCCUUGGCAUACAGGUGCAAGAGCGUUUCUUUCUCAGCUAUUUCCCAGAUAUGGGCAUUAUUGUGGACCCAAUUGGUCAAGUGGGAAGGAUAGUGGAUCUCUUGUUUGGGACAGGCGGCCGAUUGAUUGGUUGGAUUUUUGUUGCUACUGCCACGAUAUUGGUUAUGACACUCAUGAUCAGGCCAAGUUACUGAAGGCCGAUUUAGCGUUUCUCGAGUGCCUUGAGAGGCCAAACAUGAAAACCAAAGGAGAUGCUCAUAUUGCUCAUCUGUACAGGACAAUGUGCACUACAGGUCUCAAGAAUAUACUUAUACCUUACAGAACACAUCUAGUAAGCCUGCAGUCUGGGAAACCUCUAAUUCAAUUUGGAUGGCUAAGCAACGUGAGAUGGAAAAGUUGGACUACGCAGAAAUCUUGAAAACAGAUCUGGAGUUCUAACAAGUAAUUCUAGUAUUAGUACUUCACACGCGUCCAUUGAAAUAGUGAUCUUCAUUUAGUAGUCUUCUUAGGAACUACUUUUUCCCUAAUAUUUGGCUAGUUUUCUGGACGAUUCUGUGCUAGAUUGAGGAAAAAGUGCAUCUGUCCUGGAAAGUCUCAAGAAACGUAUGCUGUACAUAUAUAUUUGUUAAUAGGCUACUAAUUGCUAAUUGGUU